CAAUUUUAGACUUAUGUUGUAUAUACCUCCUUCAUCUCGGCCAGAGCUUUCUCGAUGAAGAGCAGAGGGGACAGGGCAUGAAGUUGCAAAUCGAGUUGAGCACAGUCGUUGUUUUGUUGUAGCUUAGUCGCCGAUUUGCGAAUUUGUAACACGACAAUUAUGGUUGCCCAGGUUUCCGAGUUGAACUUUCCAAUGCAGGUCCGAGAAAGUAUCUUCCUCCAACGUCGAGGCGAGACCUUUCCCUCGAUAUCGAGCUCUUCAUCCUAUUUUUGAAUGAAUAAGUUCAUAAGGCAGCUUGGGCAGCUCAAAGUAAUGGCAGACCAUCGAAAUCGCCAGUAUGACGUAUGGAGAUAUUUGGUUGUGUUCUUCUUCUCUUGUCUCAGAGUCCGUUUGUGGCUUUGGAUGAGUUGAGGAAAAGAGACUGUAAACCCGAUUUUAUAGCAUACCGAGUUGUUUCAAAAGCAUUGAGAGGAAUCCGAAAUGUGGUCAAUGUAGAAAUGGUAUUGAAGAAAAAAGGAAGCUGGGAGUUGCACCUAGAUCCAAUGAUUAUAAAGAAUUCAUUUUAGAUUGAUUUCAGAAAGACUAAUAUCAGAAGCAAAAGAGUAGUGAGAAGUAACCAUGGAUGGGAAUUUCCCCACGGAUGAUAAUCUACUCAAUGUGCUGAUUGGAUCUGUUUCGGUUGUUGAUCCCCAUUCCUCUAUGUUAUUCUUCAAUUUCAUGGUUGGCAAAGAUGUAUUUCCCACCCUUCUUACUUUGAACAAUAUGGGUAGGAACCUUUGCAAGCACGAAAAUGUUGAAAUGUUAGUUGAGCUUUUUCAGAAGUUGUCUGCUAGAGCACAUGUUACAGAUCAACAAAGUUAUAAAGUGAUGAUCACACUCUUGUGGGAGGCGGGUAAAGUAAAGGAAGCUUAUGAUCUUCUUUGUGAGAUGAAAAGAAAAGGUUUUGAUUUUGACAUAUUGUCUUACAAUUCACUUCUACAAGCCUGUUGUAGUGAAGAUUUAGUGCAACUUCAAAACAACUAUGGGAUGAAAUGUUUACAAAUGGUUGCCCUGGAAAUAUAAAGACAUAAAACAUCCUUAUCAAGAAGUUUACAGAAGUUGGUGAAGUUGAAGAAGCUUACAGGCUUUUUCAGCAUAUGUCUGAAAAAGGGGGAUAUAUGUAAUACAUUGAAAUACUAGAUUGAACUACAUGAUUGUUGUGAUACUUUUAUACUUUUUUU